AUGCGCUUCAGCAUCGACUCGCCCGACUCCCUGGAGAACAACCUGGAGUCGGGGAUGCCGGAGGUGCUCCGUUUCUGCCCCAGCAUGCCGACCAUCCUUGCGGGGAGCAACAAGGACCUCCCUAACUACCCGCACACGCUGCUUCAGCUCGCCAAGGCUAAGCAAGAGGGGCGGCAAGUAGACAACGACCGGUUGCGGCCGGUGUCGUACUCGGAGACGGCCGUGAUCCUGAUGCGCUUCAGCAUCGACUCGCCCGACUCCCUGGAGAACAACCCGGAGUCGGGGAGGCCGGAGGCGCUCCGCUUCUGCCCCAGCAUGCCGACCAUCCUUGCGGGGAGCAAAAAGGACCUCCUUAACCACCCGCACACGCUGCUCCAGCUCGCCAAGUCUAAGCAAGAGGGGCGGCAAGUGGACUACGACUGGUUGCGGCCGGUGUCGUACUCGGAGACGGCCGUGCUCCUGACGCGCGUCAGCAUCGACUCGCCCGACUCGCUGGAGAACAACCUGGAGUCGGGGAGGGAAGACGGAGAACCUGCCCAACAACCCCACACGUUGCUCGAGCUUGCCAUGGUCAACUGA